AUGCUCAUCAAACCCAUAAUUGCCACCAGUCUUCUGGUAACUACCGGCGCCCACGCCGCAUCCCACUACGUCACCGUGAAGAUGUGGUCCCACUCAAACUGCACCGGCACCCCGCACGAGGAGACCCUGGUCUUUAACACCGGCAGCGGCCCCCAGGUCUUCCAACAGGGCUAUAGUUGGCAGAGCGGGACGAUUACUAGUGGGGUCUCCGUCUGCGGCGUCAACUUCUGUCAGUCCGGCGAGAGUUGCUUUGGUCAUCCGAUUGUCUACGUGGGAUGGUCCCCCAAUUGCUUCACGGGGGGUGAUUCGAUGGAUCUCGACAAGAUCAUGUUUGGGUUACCUGAUUUCCGCGCUUGGGGGCAUGGUUUGAUGGGAGGAAGCAUGGACUUCGCAUAUGUUACGAAGCCCAAGAAAUUAUCACGCAACAUCGAACACCGUGUUCGGCAUUAUCUCGUAGCUGUGGCGGGCUGGAAUCUGUGGUUUACGCGGUUUCAUCCUAUCUCUGUACAGUACCUAAAGAUGCCAAGUAAUCAGUAA